AUGGUACCUAUCCCUCAGUCCUUCGAUGUCGCUUGGGAUGCUUCUUCCGUUCAUGAUCUUGUAGCUCGACAUCCCUCUUCCUCUCAUUCUUCCGGUACCUCUUCUGUUCCAGGCUCCUCUGAAGGCUUUUCACCACAAGUCCUGGACGCCCCGAGUUCUGAUUUACUUGAUUCGGGGAUACCUAUUGCCAACCCUCGCGACGCUUUCGGGAACUCGAAUUCUUCGGCAAUUACUGACGCCGCUGGAGGAUCGAACCCCAAGAACGUCGUGGUUCUUGUUAUCGCGACUAUAUUCAUCAUCCUCGGGACCCUCUUGCUGUCGUAUCUCGUCUACCGGGGCGUGAGGAAGUUGCAGAAUAGGCGCGUUCGCGACGCCGAGGACGGUGCUUCUGAAAUGACCGAGACCGCUGACAACCAGUUCAACGCUGCCAGAAUCUCCUCCACGUUGAGGAUGGCCCCGAUUACCACCCUCAACCUCGUAGAUCCAUGGUUGGCUCCGACGUCAGGGGACUCGUCCGCACCCCAAGCUCCAUCGACCUCGACCGCUCCAUCCUCUAUCGGACACUCGGACGCCACGCACAAAACCUCCGUCGACCUCUUCAACCAACACUUGAUGACGACCUCUAAAUCCACUCCUUCCACACCCUCGCUUAAACAUUCUCAAAACAACACCGGCUUUCCCCCCUGCUUGGAGCUAGAAAGGGUUUCCCCUGUGUUCGAAUGGUCACCUACAGCGCUUUCAGACGCGGGAGACGAAGUCGUAGGCGCAUACCCGCACCCACAAGAACUUUCCCCUCCUUCCGAUUACGGGAGUACCAUUGGCGACCAUGGACAGGGCCUCGAAGCUCCCCAGCGCGGUACGACAGGCACAAGCUCUCCACUGACUCGGGUUCACGAAGCGGGCCCCAACGGCGAUCUAGGCUUCGCUGGGGGAUUCCAAGUCGAGUUUCCGUGGGUUACCGAUGAUAUGAAGUUUGGGUUGGUGGUGCCUACGAUGCCCGCGGGUUAUGUUCCAGGCGGGUCGUCGCGGCGGUGGGAUAGGGAGGCGGAACGCGAAAAUGAUGUGGGGGAUGAGAAGGUUGAGGAGCCCAUCCACGAGGUCACCGCGACGAAGGCUCCGAAGGCUAGGGAUGCGCUUGGAGAUUCAUCGAACAGGAACAUCGAUCGCAAGUCCAAGGUACUACCGAACACCCAUUACACCCUUCGAGAUAAACGGCAAUCGACGCUUGGCGCGCUGACUCUGGAUCGAGUGGAGGAAGAUGAGGAUGUGAUGGCGCUUGCGACGCUCAAGCACAGGUUGAAGGAUAAUUUCAAGAGGAAGUCGCUCGCUGUCGGGAACGUCGUUUCGAAGCGCGCGUCGUUUUUCGAGGGGUCGGGUGGUGACAAGGAGAAUGCUAUUAGGAAGGCGCCUCUCUAG